CUUUACAAUCUUUGCUUUUCAGUGGCAGCGAUGGAUACUCAGCUGCGCUCAGAGUGCCAGGGUCUUCUGGAGCAGCUGAAAGCUUCCCAGCGGCUGUUGACUGAACAGGUGUCUUCCCAAAUGGGACGAGUGACUCUUGCUUCUAGUCAGAGAUCUGGUGUCUCAACUACUUUUGAUGACCGAGACCCCAUUAUUAGUUACAAUCUAAGUAAAAAUGCGAGCAAAAAGUCCUCAAAAUGGAAAUUUGGCAAAGAUAUCACAGCUGACGUUAAUGUAGCUCAGGAGGCUGAUACUGACCUCAAGCCAUCCUUAGCCAGAGACAAGUUGUGUAGUCUGGCUAAGAGUCGAAAUCGCCAUGACAGCUUAGCCAGUGGGCUUAGUACUCAAGACAGCUUUAAACCAGGGAAGGAAAACUGUAAUGUAGCAGACAGAACUUUAGGAUAUGACAGUCGUCCUUUAUUAUUAUCAUCAUCAACCUCGUUGCUUGAGGGCAGAACCGCACUCUCAGACUUCUCAAAGAAUGAGAUGGCAUCUGUGGAAGACAAUAAUGCCGUGACAUCCUCUUCCUGGCAGCCAGCAACGCCCAUCACUCAGAGAAGACGUCAGCUCAUAGAUCGUCACACUGCCGUACCCACCAAGCUCAAUGCUAAGGAACUCAGAGAUCUAGAGAAAGAAAGGUAUUUGAAUUUCAGCUACUCACACAUUGAAGUUGAUGAUCAUGUGACCCGCCUCAAGUCAACAGGGGACCUUUCUGAACCUGAAGAAACAGAGACUGGUGAUAAAAAGACACAAUCUUCAUUUUCUACCGAACAUUCGCCUGCUGCAUCUCAUCUAACAAGUCUCCCCGAUCGUGGUCCCACCAAACCUGAAAAGCAGGAGAGCUUCAAUUCGCAGCUUCUUGAUGAUGGGAACAAUCGUAAGCUCAGCAAGUUUGUGAAGGAAGCUGCAGUGAAACCCAAGAGCAUCCUCAACUCCAGCGCUUACUACAGCUUGAAUUCAAGCAAGAGGAACAACUCAAGGGUACGAUUCAACUCGUCUCAGUCCAGUGACUCCCAGACUCCACUGCCGGACCAUCGCCUUCUCGGCUAUGACUGGAUUGCUGCCCUGCUGGACAAUGACUCAGCUUUGAUCAAUCAGUCUGAGAGUUUCUUUGAUGAGUUGAGGGAUUUUCGCAGAGCCAACAAAGACGAGUGCUCCAACCAGUUCUACAUGAAAGGCCCUCACACCCUGGUGGACACAGAACCUUCUGAGGUGGUUGAGGCUCUCACGGAACCAAAGGUUCGUCCUUACAUUGUCAAUGACAGACUUUUCACGGAGCCGUUUAGACCCAACCUUAUCCCUUACGAAGAUGAGGAUAUACCUCAAAGGCAGAAAAGCAAAGAGCCAAGUAAAGAUAACCCUAGAUUUGUCAGGGUGAGCAUUCCGCGGUCAACUCUUUCAACCCCAUACCGUGUCAAACCACACAGACGACGCAGUUUCGAUGCGGCUGACUCGUGUGCUCUUAUGGAUCACUGCCUGCUGGGCUGGGAGAAUACUCGGCCAGAGAUGUUGCCGGCCGCCAAGUCCCUGGACCUGAACACAGAGGCGGGAACUCGACAGGACUCAGUCGUCACGAGUCUUGCGGAGGCAGAGCGCCUGGCAACUGGUCCUCGCCACGCCGGCUGGCCCUUGGUCCGGUCCCAUGGGCGGCUUCAGACUCUGCCUACCUGGCGCAAACACUACCUGGACACCACGCUCAACAUGACGCAGCCCCCAGCGGCAGCCAACAGCUCACGCGCCAGCUCACAUUCCGCGGGGGUCACUGGUGCAAAACGAGUCACGGAUCGCUUACUGCAGUCCACCUACUCCAACAUGUACGAGAUGGAGAGACUGAAGCAGGAGAGGGAGCUGGAGAGGAAGAGGGAGGAGGAAGAGAGGGGCAAAGGGAAGAAUUGAUGGGAUGUAUGUCGCAUAAUUGAUGCGGUGUGUUAUGUACUGCCCUUCAACUGGCGAGGUCAUGGUCUGUGUCUGUUGCCAUCCCCCUCUCCUCCCCUUCCGUCUCCUUUUCUCUCUCUCUCUUGGCAUUUUUCCCCCAUUUUGAAUUGAAAGUUACAGUAUGGAAUGUCUUAUGUCUUUGCUGUUGAAUUUACAACCCAAAAUGAGGUCAGACAUAUUGUGCCUUUAUCAUAUCCAUUUUAUCUUUCGUCUGUGUGUGAGUGUGGGUGUGAAUGGUAAAAGUGGCUGGGAAUCGUUGAAGAUGAGGAAUGCAGAAAUAAAAUUUCAUAUGUGCUCUGUGAUAAAUCAAAAGGACAGACUGAUUGUAAGUUGUAGACGAAUGGUUGCAGUUCAGUUGUUUUUUUAAUAAGCUUUCUUGCCCAAGCUCAUACCUUUGUCAUUUUUUAAAUUCCCUUAUGUCCAUUUUAUCCUUUUAGUGCAAGUACUUAAUUUAUUCAAACUCUUGUAUACUACUGUAGUUCGGUGUAUGUGUAACAGCAAAUAAACUUAGCAAUGGUAUGGA